AUGACUGCGGCCUCUCAGCCUGGGGGUCUUGGAACGGGGCCCCGCGUAACCUUGUCGGACACCUACCGCAGCUUCCGGGUACUAAACCUCGCCGAAAGAAAUAUCACGACGAUCGACCUCGCUUUCGCGCACUUCGAAAACCUGACGGAGCUGGACUUGGGUCGAAACCGCCUCCAAAAGCUGGAAAACCUUCCGAAGGGACUUGUAUCACUGUCGUGCGCAUCGAACGAGCUUUCCGGACGCGCGUUGGACGGCGUCACCGGACUGCCUCUCCUCUGCUCCCUAGACCUGUCUUUCAACAAUCUAGAAGUGCAUUCGCUCCUCCCGCCCCCGAAGGCCGAGCUACCACGGCGGUGCCUCCUCAACGCCAGCGGCCACAACAUCGGCGAUCGACCAGCCCAACCAACCAAAAACGGAAGCGACGGCGACGACGGCGUGCAGCGACAAUUUCGCCGACCCGAAGCACCGCCCCCGCUCGCAACGGGAGAAAAGUAUAUGCACUUCCAAGAGAAGUUCUCUUCCUUGGAGCACCUGGAUAUUUCGUGGAACUGCCUUUGCGACCUGGAUCGGCUCCUCCGCACCUUGAUGCGAGUGCCGUGCCCGCUGCAAGACAACCUUCGGCACCUCUUUCUAGCGGGAAACCCGUUCUGCCUCCUCCCGGCCUAUCGAGAGAGGGUCUUGGGUCGAGGGUUCGGGCCUGGUUUGGUUAUGCUGGAUGAUCUACCCGUCAGCCCAGUCGAGUAUCGCUCCGCUGCAGCAACUGCGGCUGCCGUGGAAAAGGCUCAGGAGGGUUGCUUAGACGGCGUACGUGAGAAUGAAGAUGAAGACCACAAUAAACGUCCGCGGGGUAAAGGCUCUUUCGAGGCGGUGCACUUCCAUGUUAAGCUGCUGCGCUUAUCAGGGCUUCCGGACCUCGGCACCACUACUCCCGAACGCCCCCGAUGCACGGCCAGCGCCGCCGUUGCUGCAACGCCUCCUGCCUCGGGCGCCGGGAAGGCAGGAGCGGUCCGAGGGGAGACGGCCAGUAACAGCGAGGAAAGACGGGAAAAGGAGGAACCACCGCCCCUGCAGAAGUGGGGGGACGUUGAGUUCCUUGUCCCAGGCGACAACCACUACAGCGACAACCACGACAGCCCUGCAAGAACGGGAUGGUUCUCCUGGGCUGCCGAGGUCGUCCCUCCUCUGACUGAAGCCCCCGACGCCGACAGCAAUGAUGGGCGGUCCGAGCAACCACAAACCGAGCAAGAGGCGGUCGAUUCCACCGCUUCAGACGUUGCAAAUAAUGGCACGCCUUGGGAAGUGUCCGUCGCACUUCCUCCUUCUAGGGAGAUGCGGGACGAUGUGCGAUUCCAAGGGUUGCGCGUCCAGCUUUUCGUCGGGGACGACGAGCGCGAGGCCGAGGGAGAGGAGGAAACAGUCGAGGGGGACGCGUCAUCACCGGCAGAAGCAGCAAAAGCCGUAAAUAACGUGGAUUCCGUUGUUGACGGUUUCAGCUCAACGGGUGAACCAACGCACCCCCCGGGAGGCGAAGGGGAUGUCGAAGGUGAGGCACAAGACCAGGAUAGAGUGAGGCCACAGAUGUUGCCGUCGCGGCGGCGACGGCUCGCGGGACGCGGGCACCUUUCCCUGUCACCUUUCUUGGACCCCGCCUGGAUGAUGAGGGAGCAGCAUCAGCCCCAGCCCCAGCAACGGCAACAGGAAAGGGGUGAAGACGUGACGGAAGCGGAAUCGGUGGUGACAGCAGACGGGGAGGCCGGUGGAAAGACUGGAGCACCAGCCGGAAUGAGGACCUUGUUUGGUGUCAACGAUGGAGCCGCCGCUCCAGCCACGAUAUCGGGAGAGUGCAACGUUGUGCUCGAGCCAUGGGUGGUGGAAACGAUGCGAAAAGGUGUGGCCCGUCGGAAGAGGGAACGGUUGGAGAGAAAAGAAGCGGCACGGGCAGAGGCCGAGGUGAAUGCCGCCAAUGACCCCAAAGGAAAGAACUCCAAAGCGGCUGCUGCUGCGGCGGCUACAGCGAGACUUCAAGAAGGAGACGAGGAGGAGGAGGAGGAGGAAGAGGAAAUCGGGCCUUCCCCUUCCGCUAGAGCAGAGGUGGAAGUGACGCUUAACCCGGGCAUGGCUUCGCUAGCGGUCGCCACUACCGGUUCGACUGCUGCUGCUCCUGCUGCAGCCGAUGCCUGAUGAAACUGCAAGUAGCUGGGUCCUCUGUCGUG